GAAACCCCACCAUUCUUUUUGGGACUCCCUGUACUAAAAUAUACCGGUCUAGUUCUAUCACAGCAACUUGUCGCUGCUGUACAACCAAUUGCACGACUUGAUCAACUCGGACGGGUCCAACGUAGACACCUUCUACGAGAAUUGUUUCCAAAACCGACCGCUCGUGCCCAGAGAAGAGUUUCGACGGCUCAUGUACGACCAGUUCAAGAGAGAGCUGGGCCAACACGCGGUGGUGGUGUUGGCGUUUGUGUACAAGAAAUUCGAACCCUAUCAAACAGUGUCGGAGCAACUGUACCGGAGUGUCAUCCAAAACGAAUUGCGACGGGCUUCUUUUAGGAAUUUUGACGGAUUGGAAAUUUCUGUGAAAACGAGACUCAUGCACUCCGGCGGCGGCAACACGUUGAGUGCACCAGAAACGUUGGACAUUUUUAAAACCAACAGAGUUCCGUUGGCGCCAGAACUCAGAAACCCGCUCGUUAAAAAAUUUAUCAAUAUGGAAGACGGGAGAGUAAGAAUUGAAGAACUGUUGGACUUCAUAGACUACAUGAAAUAUCCAACUGAAGUGCCACAUGGAGUUGCAAAAGAAAUAUUGAUGGUCAAACCGGAAGUAGUUUACAUCAAGGUCGGAGAAUUGGUGGAGUUUAUGCGUUCAUUUCAGCCGGCAUACUAA